AUGUUAGACAAAGCACAAUUAUUUGGGGCCACACAACUUGCUGAGAAGGCCAUGCUUAAAUUACUUCCAUAUUUCAUGAUUUUGGAUCAAAGAAUUCAACAACAGUGCCAAUUUGAUAUAUAUUACCGUAAAAUUAUGCAAUUUAUUCGUGAUAAUCGAAAACAUGAUCAAGAAAAAGAGGUUUUAUAUAAUUUUGGACUUGCUUUUCUACUUUUAGGCGAUUCAUUUAGAGGAACAUCAUUUAUUUUGUCAGCAGUCAAAUUAGGAUUAGAUAUUACAGCUAAUGAGAAACCUUAUGUUCUUGGAUAUGUUUAUAUGUACCAAAAAGACUACAAUAAAGCAAUAAAAUGCUUUUCCAUUUCAAUUAACUCACGGAACAGUGAUAUCAGGUUCUAUUCAUACUUCUUUCGAGCAAUGGCUUAUCGUUAUUUGAAAGAUUUUGAUAGCGCAAUCAACGAUCUAGAGUAUUUAAAGCAAAUCGAAACGAUGUAUAUUACAAAAUACGAUAUAUCAUUUCAAUUACUCGAAACUAUAGCAAGAAAAGACCAAAACAAAAUUUCAUUACCAAGUUUUUAUAUUUUUGCGAACCUAGGAGGAAACAAAUCCAUCAAAGAACUACUCUACGUUAAAAUUAAGUACAUGCAGGCUUAUGAUAUCGAGUCUAUCAUCAAUUCUUUACCUUUACAUGAACAAUUAGAUCGAGAUAUCUCAAUCAUGUACAUUUACUCAGUAAUUAAAUCAGAAAACUAUUUAGUUGCGACAUCAAUGAUAAAAGAACUCAUAGAACAGAACAGAAUGGAUCACGGACUUUGGUAUUUACUUGGAUAUUCUUAUUUGAAGAUGUCAUGUUUCGCAAAUGCCGCAAUUUGUCUUCAAAAUGCAUAUGUACUGAACCAGACGCCGUCUUCUUAUAAGCUUGCGUUCGGUCUUUCACUAGAAUUGACUGAUCGAAAAGAGGAUGCAAGUUUACUUUACUCCAACAGAGCUAAUGAGCCAGGAAUAAUCAGUGAAUGUGAUUAUAGGUUUGUUAGGCUUGUUACAUCAGGUCCAGAAACGAUUUCUUUAUCAACUUUAGUUUUAGUAGACAUUGAUGAAUUGGUUCAAUGUCCAAUGGAUAGACAGAUCGAUAUUCUCUUAACUUCUGGCAUUUCUUUGCCUUGCAAAUUUAUUCCAUAUUUAAAUGAAGAAGAACCUUUUAAUGUUGCGAAAGCUUCUGCAUCUCUAUUCCCUGAUUAUGUUAAACCUAAGCAAUAG